UCAAGCUGGACUUGUCCUGUAAUCUCUGUUUCUUCAUGGCUGCAACAGAACUUCUCAGCAGACUUGGAGAAGCAUGAAAUGGAGACAUGGGAAGUUUCUGUUCCAGAUGAUCGGGCUGAACAACGAACCUGCCUCAUUUGUGGGGACCGUGCCACAGGCUUGCACUAUGGAAUCAUCUCUUGUGAGGGCUGCAAAGGGUUUUUCAAGCGGAGCAUUUGCAACAAACGGGUGUAUCGAUGCAGUCGUGACAAGAACUGUGUCAUGUCUCGGAAGCAGAGGAACAGGUGCCAGUACUGCCGCCUACUCAAAUGCCUCCAGAUGGGGAUGAACCGGAAGGCUAUCAGAGAAGAUGGCAUGCCUGGAGGCCGGAAUAAGAGCAUUGGGCCUGUCCAGAUAUCAGAAGAAGAAAUCGAAAGGAUCAUGUCUGGACAGGAGUUUGAGGAAGAAGCCAAUCAUUGGAGCAACCAUGGUGACAGCGACCAUAGUUCCCCUGGGAACAGGGCUUCAGAAAGCAACCAGCCCUCACCAGGCUCCACGCUCUCCUCCAGUAGGUCUGUGGAACUAAAUGGAUUCAUGACAUUCAGGGAGCAGUACAUGGGGAUGUCUGUUCCUCCACAUUAUCAAUACAUACCGCACCUUUUUAGCUAUUCUGGCCAUUCACCACUUCUGCCCCCACAAGCUCGUAGCCUGGACCCACAGUCAUACAGUCUGAUUCACCAGCUGAUGUCAGCCGAAGACCUGGAGCCACUGGGCACACCUAUGUUGAUUGAAGAUGGAUACACUGUGACACAGGCAGAGCUGUUUGCCCUGCUUUGCCGGCUGGCUGACGAACUACUCUUUAGGCAGAUUGCCUGGAUCAAGAAGCUGCCUUUCUUCUGUGAGCUCUCAAUCAAGGAUUACACGUGCCUCUUGAGCUCUACAUGGCAGGAGUUGAUCUUGCUGUCAUCCCUCACAGUUUAUAGUAAGCAGAUCUUUGGGGAGCUGGCUGAUGUCACCGCCAAGUACUCACCCUCGGAUGAAGAGCUGCACAGAUUUAGUGAUGAAGGGAUGGAGGUAAUCGAGCGGCUCAUCUACCUGUAUCACAAGUUCCACCAGCUGAAGGUCAGCAAUGAGGAGUAUGCGUGUAUGAAAGCCAUUAACUUCCUAAAUCAAGAUAUUAGGGGUCUGACCAGUGCUUCACAGCUGGAACAGUUGAACAAGCGAUAUUGGUACAUUUGCCAGGAUUUCACUGAAUAUAAAUACACACACCAGCCUAACCGCUUCCCUGAUCUCAUGAUGUGCUUACCUGAGAUUCGAUACAUUGCAGGAAAGAUGGUGAAUGUCCCUCUGGAGCAGCUGCCCCUCCUCUUUAAGGUGGUACUACAUUCCUGCAAGACAAGUAUGGUCAAGGAGUGACCUGCUCCCUGUGCCCCUCAGCAACCACAGAGCCUUGGGUAGGCAGGACAGGCUCAGGAAGAGAGCCAGAGACCAGGAUGGAGGCAUGGUGCAGUUGCCUCCAUAACAAGAAGAAUUUUUGUUUGUUUGUUUAACUUCAUUUUUUCUAUAUAUUUAUUUCACGACAGAGUUGAAUGUAUGGCCUUCAACAUGAUGCACAUGCUUUUGUGUGAAUGCAGCAGAUGCAUUUCCUUGCAGUUUACAGAAUGUGAAGAUGUCUAAUGUUACGGUGUUGUCAUUGUUUAGAUAGUUCUUUUGUAUUUUGAGGGAGAGGGUGGGGAUGGGCUGAGAUACUCUUUCCGUGUUAACAAAGAUGACUACCUCAAUGGAAGGGGGGAUGUGGCCAUCCCUGCUAUUUCCACUUUUUCUCAGCAGACUUACGUAUUUGUCUGUCAGAGAGCAAACUGCCUUUUUCUAGCCAUGUACUUGUCAAGUAAGAGAAGUGGUGGCAGGGAUUCACGAAGCAAGAUGGGCAAGAUGUUUGGAACAGGAAAUGAGGGUUGAGCCAUCUCAAUGAAAAAUUAGAGUUCAGAGCAGGGCACAGUGCCCAGAUGUAAAGCAGGCAUCCUCUCAACAGGUUGGUCCUAAGGGCAAAACGACUUCUAGGCUGCCCUCUUCUCCCUGUGCCACCCCUGUCCAUUUCUGCCACUGUCAACUGUUCAUCCAGCAAAGAUGUGGCAGUAAGUCAAUCCCUAAGACUUGGGUUCCAGCUCCCUUGGGGCUCACAGCUACCUAGUUUUGUACAUGAUCUAAGACCUGCCCUUCUCAGACUUUCUCCCCUCUCCUUUAUGAGUUUGACUUCUUUGCAACCCUUUGAAAAUCUGAGCAAAAUGUGAUGUUCCGAAUCCUGAUGCCCACUACUGACUUACUCUCCUCUUCUUUGCUUCAAAGAGGUAGUAAGACAAAGACCAAGCUGCUGAAAGAGUAAUUAUUCCUCCUUUAGAAUCCUUUGUCCCCACCACCACUCCCACAGGACUAAAUCUAAAUCUAGUCUCUC